AUGUCAUAAUUAAGUGCUUAUAAUCUUCUUGAGGGAUUUGCAAAAUAGAAUGAAGUUGAAGUACUAUCAUACAGUGUGAAUUUUUUGAGGGAUGUAAACGUUAUUGAGGUUGAUCCUGUAUAAUCAAAAUUUAAUCAAAAUGAUGUUCUUAAUAACAAAUUCUUAUAUAAGCAUUUAUGCACUUGCAAUUCCUUCAUUUAGUUAUUCUAAAAAUCAACUGUAUCGACUGAGAUUGCAACUAUGGGAGUUCCUUUUGCUCCAGAAUUAAACGAAAUUGAUUUUAAAAAUCAAGAUCAGGUAUAUAAAAAUAUUACUAAAAAUCUCAAAGAUUCCUUCACAAUUUUUGAAAUACAACACAAUUCAACUACAAUAAGCAUUAGCUUUUGUGAAGAGUUAGAUUCUUUUUGCAUUUCCUAUGGAACACAAACAAUUAUAUGUUAUGAUGAAAAAGAUAUUGAAUUAAAUAAGAAUCCUAAACAUGAUCAAUUAAGACAAGUAGCCACUUCAUUUUUUAAUCUCUUUAAUAAAAUGCCUCGUUAAUAAUAAAAUAAUUUUAUUGAAGAUUUGACCAAUCGAAGUUUGGUAGGUUGCUACAACCACAAAAAAUAGAUAGAAUGGUUUGCAAUUCUUGAACAUUAUGCAGAGUAAAGAAUGAUUAAUCCAUAUACAGUUUAAGGUUUCUUACAUCAUUACAAAUUGGAACCUAUUUAAAUUUAUCAAACGUAGUGCACUUAAUUUUAGCUACAAAAACACUUCUCUUAAAUCUACAACCAAUUGAUUGAUUAAUUUAAUGAUUUUUAUAAAGGCAAAACUUUGUAUUUUUGGAAAGGAGACCUCUUUCUUGGUUGUUGUUUCAUUCCAUUUAAAUAAUAUAUCAUUUUGAAUGAAUUAUAAUCAAUUAUCAUGAAUAAAGAGAAGGAAAUUAAUAAGAAGGAACCAUUUUAAUAUCUUUCUAAUUUCAAUUUAAAUGAUUAGGAUUUAGAAUUCUAUAAAAAAUACACUGAAAUGAUGUUAGAUAAUUCAGAAGACAUUAAAAACACCUUUUAAUUUUCGAAAUUAACAACUUAAGCUUUCAAUAGCAUUAAAGCGGACUUAGAUUAUUUAUCAAAAAAAUAAUAAGGCUUGAUUCCACUUUCUUAUUGUAUGCAAUCUGCUAUUAUUGUUGUUAUUCCAAUAGGAAUUUCAGGUAUGGGAUAUGAGAAGUUAUGCUUAUCUAUUUAGAAGACUUGUUUAAGAGUGCAAAUAAUUAAAUUAAUAGAUUAAAUUAAUGAAAAGAAUUAGCUUUAUUUUAUUGAGAAAAUAUGCAAUCCAAAAGAAUUAGAAUAAGUCAAUAAAUAGAUUAAAUCGUUGCCAUUUAACAUCAAAACUGUUGCUCUCUUACCUGAAUGCCAAUCUACUUAUGAGAUUAAAGAGUGGUAAUGUAGUUUUCCAUUUUCUUUCAACUUUAUUAUGCAUUGUUUACUCUCUGUUUUGGAUAAUAAGAAUUCGGUUAAAGAGAUUAUCAAUUAACUGAAGGAAUUUUAAAACGAGAAAUUAUAUAAUAUUCAAACAGAUUAUAAAAUAAAAUGUCGUUUCAUAGAUGAUAAAAAAGAAAAAAAUGAUUUAUAUAGUGAAAUAGUUGAAUAAGAUUUUUAGGCAGCACUUAAAUCACAAAAUGAUUAACUAAUUGAAAGUCUUUCUUAAUAUAAAGAUGCUCUAACAAACAUGAAAGAUAACCAUCUAUAACGUGAAUCGAAGAGACUCAUCACAACUAUUGAAGAAAGGACAUACAUAAUUUUAAGAAAAAGUGUUAAAUUUUAAUUUGAAAAGGAUCAUCAAUUAAAAUAUGGUUUAUUUAUUGAGAAACCAGAUUGGGUUGAAAUUGAUAAAUUUGUAAAAUCUUGUUUGGAGAUCAUUGUUCAAGAGUAUCCAAAUGAUUCAGUAAUCAAAAGGAUGUAUCACUAGUUUGAUAGUUAGUUCAAAGCUUAAAAUGCUGUAUUUAUGAGGAUAAGCCAGCCAUAUUUAAAAGCUAAAUAAUUAUAAGAGAAACCAAUCACUACAAAAGUUUCGAUUGCAGUUAUCAUUGUUGAUGGGAUUGUAAUGUUGUAACCCUAAGAAUUAGGAAUGGAUUUAUUAUAAGAUAUUCCUAUAUACACUCAUAAUAUUGAUAAUCUAAAGAGUAAUAAGGUUUCUGAACAAGUAAAAUUAGAAGUGAAAAAAAUGCAGAAGUAAAAUAUUGAAGAUAACACAAUUAAAAAAAAAUAAGUCUCUUUCAAUGGUAAAGAUUGGGAUGCUUUUAUAGUAAAAUUUACACCAAUUAACAUAAGAUUAAUAGGAAGACAAAUAAAUUGA